AUGGACGAGGGGUGCGCGGGCGCGGAGGACAUCGCCAUCUACCAGGGCCACGCGUCGUCGCUGCCGGGCGGGGUGCCGGCGUACAAGGUGGACGUGAUCAACCAGUGCAUGGGUGACCUGGACGGCGGCGACUGCGCGAUCGCGGGCAUCCACGUGCGGUGCGGGUGGUUCAGCUCGGUGAGCCUGGUGGACCCUCGCAAGUUCAGGCGCCUAGGCCACGACGACUGCCUCCUCAACGACGGCCGGGCACUGCUCGGCGGCGAGACCAUCUCCUUCGAGUACGCCAACUCGUUCCCGUACGAGCUCUCCGUCCGCGUCGCCACCUGCGUCGACCCCACCACCACCCCGUAG